CCCAAAUAGAUGUAUUUUUAUAAGAAAUUUUGUAUCACUGCCCUAAGUGUGAAAUCAGUGUAAUUCACAAUUAAUAGAAAUCAACAGCAAACCAUCAUUAAAUUCUAGCUAGAUAGUAUCAUUUGUUGGAGACUUCCGUCUGAGGAGGAUCAGAAAGCAUUCUAGGAGUGUGGAAGACACAUUCUUCCAUGACUAAAGCUGUAUCUUUGUAAUCACCAGGAUUCAAAGUGUUGAAAGGAGAUAACUCUCUCACAAAAUGAGUUAAUGUUAUUUAUUGCUCUUCCUCUGUACCACCAAAAAGAUCCUCUCUCUUACUCCCCACAGAGUAUUGUAACCCCAUAUCAUUUUCAGAAUGAGCUCAGAAACUAUCCAUCAAAGCAGAGAAAGCUUUAAAACAAUGAUCUCUGAGAAAGUGAAUGGUAUCUGCUCUUUUGAUCUGGCUAAAUUGAUAAACUUGGUUAUGUUUCCAGGCUAAAGAGGAAACGAUGGACAAUCAAAGCUACUCUAAUCUGCCAGAAAAGCUGCCUACCUUCUCUGAUUCUGUCCACUUGCCACUGACCAGGUCCUUCUAUCUGGACCCCAUGGUCACUUUCCACCUGUACCCUGAUGCCCCGGUGUCGUCCCCUUACUCUGAAGACCUGCCAUUGCUGCCCUUUCCCAGCGAUUCCCUAUUCAUGGAAAAUUAUGGUGAACCCUGCCCCUUCUCCUUCCCAAUGCCUUAUCCAAAUUACAGAAGGUGUGAAUACUCCUAUGGGACAGCCUUUAUCCGCAAAAGGAAUGAGCGGGAAAGGCAGCGGGUGAAGUGUGUCAAUGAAGGCUACGCCCAGCUCCGACAUCAUCUGCCAGAGGAGUACUUGGAGAAACGACUCAGCAAAGUGGAAACCCUUAGAGCUGCCAUCAAGUAUAUUAAUUAUCUGCAGUCUCUUCUGUACCCUGAUAAGGCGGAGGCCAAGAAUAACCCUGGGAAAGUUUCCUCCAUAAUGGCAGCCACCAGCCGCCACACUGACCCCAUUUUUAGAAUCAUUUGA